CAGUAGGUGGCGGUAGCAAACGGUAAUGCAGCAUGUAGACAACCACAGAACAUCCAGCGAGGAAGUGCUCCACCCUGGUCCAGGGUUGUAGUUCGAUCCCCAGACGUAAACAACGCAGACAAACCCGCCGAACCAGACCCACCGUGGGACCAUCAUCUUUACAAAACCAGCUGGAGAUGAUCAGAGCUGGAGCUGUGCACCGGUGGUUCCGGGAGAAGAUCUAGAAAACGAGGACCUUCCAGACCCCCUCCCCCACCACCACCACCACCUUUAUGUCCGAUGCUCCUGAGUCAUGGAUCGAGCUGCUGUGGACGGUCCCGUCACCCUCGUCAUCAGGGCUCCGAACCAGAACUACGACGACCAGACCAUCAACUGCUGCCAGAACUGGACUGUGGAGAGACUGAAGGCUCACCUGUCUGACGUGUACCCGAGUAAACCCAGCUCCAAAGACCAGAGGCUGGUGUAUUCUGGGAAACUGCUUUUGGAUCACUUCACCUUAAAAGAUGUGCUCAGAAAGCAGGACGAGUACCAUAUGCUCCAUCUGGUGUGCGCCUCACGGACCCCUCCCAGCUCCCCAAAGCCCCCCCGAAGCCACAGUAACAAGCCUCAGGGGAACUUGGCCAGUCCCACGCCCUUUACAAACUCAAACAGCCCCCCCGCUGGUCCACAACCCCAGUCAUCUACAGGGGGGAGCAGCGAUGGAGUCAGACAGAGAGCUGGACCGUUCCCUUACCACCAGAUGUAUUCACAGUUCAUGCACAGCUGGAAUCAACACGACCCACAAUCUUAUUACAACCCCAUGACACUAAUGUGGUGGCAGCAGCUCUACGCCAGACAAUACUUCAUGCAUUAUCAGUUACUAGCCGCAGCCGCCGCCUCCUCUCAGACCCUGAGGCCCGACCAGCCCCCGCCUCAGUCCCACCAGCCCGACCCUCUGAGCCAGCGGCCGCAAGCAGACCGCCGAGGCAACCCAGAGAUCCAGAUGAACGCUCAGGGAGGAGAGAUCCUGAAUGAGGAGGAUCUGAACUGGGACUGGCUGGACUGGGUGUACACAUUCUUACGUGCUGCGAUCCUACUCAGCAUAGUCUACUUCUACUCCUCCUUCAGCCGCUUCGUCAUGGUGAUGAUGGCCAUGCUGGUGCUUUACCUGCACCAGGCCGGCUGGUUCCCUUUCAACCUGGAGAACGAACUGCUGCUCCCUGGAGACCGAGCCAAUCAGGACGACAUGGAGGGAGAGCUACAAAACCACGAGCUACAAGAGAUGGAAGGACUGAUGGAUGACGGCUCGGACGAUGACGGGGAAAGCGGCGAGGAAGGAGCGGAUGACCCAAACAGCGGCCCCAACACGGGCUUCCUGGCCUCCACGUGGUCGUUCAUCAUCACCUUCUUCAUGUCGCUCAUCCCAGAGGGGCCGCCAAACGCUGCUAACUGAAAACACGGACGCCGAAACCUUUGCAAUGCAGUGUUACGAGUUUCCCAGUGAAACAAUUUACUCUGGAGCUUAAGACUUUGAGCAGAAACACAAAUGACUGAAAACCAGUCACGUUAUUCUGACUUUUUUUGUUUGUCUGCACAAAGACGAACAUGUGAAACUGUCACAUGACAAGAACAUUAGUUAAACUUCCACAAAGGUUUGCUAGUGAGGCCUUGCAAAUGUAGUAAAAAUUGCAAUGUUUCUGUGAUUUAUAAAAUAGGACAUCAGGCACCUUUAUAAAGAAAACUAAUCCCAACACUACUUGUGUUUAACAACUUAAAUUGUUUUUUUUUCUUUGUAAGAAGCUACAAUAUCUGUUGAAAUAGUUUUGUUUGAAUUGCAAUGAUUUUUUCAAAUGUAAUGGUGGGAUUUCUCUGGGCCACAAUCGUGCAAAAGCUGAACCACAGCAGGAAACCCUGACUCAUGUAGCACUUGUGAUAAAUAACGAGUGAUUUUUGACCUGAGAGUUCCUAAAAUGUGUCUGAACACGUUGUGCAGUGUGUGAAGUGUAACAGAGUGAUGUCGGCUACUGAAAAGUGAAUCAAUGCGUCGUUCAUUCUCUCAAACAGCCUGAGAGAACCGAGGGAGAUGGAGGAAUCGAUCCUCCGCCGCUCACAGACCAUGAGGAGGGUCGGGUUCUGAGCGGUCAAAUGUUCCUACUGUUCAAGAACUGCCACCAUGCAGAGUCCACAUAGGACAAAGCACCAAACUUCUCCAGUUUGUGGAAAUGCUGCUGUUACUUAUGUUCUGUAAAAUAAUAAUAAUCGUGAUUAUUAAACCUACAGUCGAG